UGUACAGUAGUAAAGGUGCCUUGAAAUUUUUAUGUAAUUGUUUAUUUUUUUUUCUACAGGUUGUAAAUAUGGUGGUCUUCAAAGAUGGUGUAAGUGGCAUGCUGUUUGAACACAGUGCCCUGGAUGGCAUGGUGGCUGGCCUUGUGGUUGGAUGUGUAUGGAAACUUUCAGAGUCCAUAACUAUAGAGCAUAUGAAUACAUCAGAUCAUACUGUUUCCUACCCGAAACCUCUUCGGUUCUCACUAGGAGAUAUUAAACUGUUAGAUCAACCUGGUUACACCCUUUUAGGAGCACGUAACCCCAUUGUAACCUUUGAAGUUUCAUCUUACCCUGAUGUUUUCACCACUCUAAGGAGUCACAGAGGUAUAUAUGAUGCAUGGAUGAGUUUUGCAUUGCAGCUCUCUCUAAGGCAAACUCUUGGAGAAUCAGCUGAUAGAUAUAUCAUGGUCACCCCUACUCAUAUGCGACACUACAAACAAGGUCGGUGUGAUCCCACAUAUUCAGUCACGAUGCUGUCUCGUCAGCUAGUAACAGCCCUAGAGUCCUGCAUUGGCCAGGAUGAUGUCCCAUGCCACACUAAUGAGCUCUUCCAACAAUUCCAUUUAGCUUUCAUGGAGCACAAAAAAUGCAUCAAAGCUACCAAAAAUGGCAGUGGUGUAGGGCCCCAUUUAUCUGUUUUACGUAAUGGCCUGUCCCAGGACAACCCACUCAAGAAAUUUCUUGAUCUUUUUGGAUGCCCCUCUAUCUACCUGACUGGAUCAGAUUUGAUAGAAGGUGUUGAAUGUGCUGUUGGCAAUGUCUAUGCAUCUGACCAGCUAGCUGUUACUUACCUUGGCAAGCAGGACAAGGUCCGUCUUGUGCUGAAUGCAAAAGGAACAUUUGCUGGUAUCUUAGGAAAACUCAAACAGUGCCUUGAACUAAACAUAAAGCUGGUAAUGUUUCUGGCCCUAAAGUAUGCAAUUGCUGGUCAGAUGGGAGCCAUUGAAUGCCUUCUUGGAACAGAGAAAAAAUCAAACAACAUUGAUUCUACCCACUUGGAAAAGUCAGAUUUCACCCUGGUAAUUCAUGGUGGAGCAGGGGAGGAAAUGAUGUUGAGCAAUAGGGUGGUUGAAGUUAUUGAAUUUGCCCUUCAUGCAGCACUCACACUGGGAGCGCAAGUGCUAUGCCAUGGAGGCAGCAGUCUGGAUGCAGUGCAGCGAAGUGUCACUGCUUUAGAAGACUGCUUUUUAUUUAAUGCUGGCAAGGGGUCUGUGUACAACCAAAAAGGCCAGCAUGAGAUGGAGGCUACCAUUAUAGACGGACACAAAAAGACCUCUGGAUCAGUGGCUUGCCUGCAGCAUGUAAAGAACCCAGUAAAAGCAGCCCGUCAUGUCAUGGAUGGGAGUGACCAUGCAUUAAUAACAGGAGAUGGCGCUCAGGAGUUUUUGAUGGGUCUUGCAGGUGACGAGAAGCCAAUGAAGCAAGAUUACUUUCACACUGACAUCAGAUACAAAGAAUUUGUAAUGAAACUGAGUGAAAAUGCAAACAGCCAUCCUCAAACUGUAGGUGCAGUUGCUUUGGAUUGUUGGGGCAAGCUAGCAGCAGCCACAUCCACAGGGGGAUUAGUGGGCAAGUGGAAAGGAAGAAUUGGAGACACAGCCAUUGUCGGUGCUGGAAUAUAUGCUGAUGAUAAACUGGCUGUGACGUGCUCUGGUGAUGGUGAUGCAUUCUUAUGUCAGACAGUUGCUCAUAAGGUAGCUAGUCUCUUUAACAUCAAAGGAUACAGUCUAAGACAAGCCUGUCGAGAGGUGAUUCAUGAGGUUCUAGAUUCAAAAUGUGCCGGUAUCAUUGCUGUUGACCACAAAGGUGAAGCUGUAGUUGAAACAAAUGCUGGAGUAAUGUUUGUUGCAUCAAUGAAAAGUGGUGUUGCUCGAGCUGAAGUCUUCAGACCCAUGCUGAACUUUGCAAAUGUGACUUGGGAAACUGAUGAACUAGUAGCUUAUUUGCAUUCUGACCCAUGGACCCCAGGAACAACUAUUCUCACUCGAAAGGCCUUAAAUGGACCAAACAGCAUUUUUCAGUUAACAGUGCCAGACUAUGUAACAAUGCUAUUGGGCGCACAAACAGUUGCUAACUUACUUUGUGAAAAACUAGAAGUGUAUCGCUGUGGUCUUGUGUUUAGACCGCAACCAGACAAGCCUGCUCAUAUCAAAAUCCUGCCUCUAUAUGGUUUAGAAUCCAACUGGAAGGCUUAUCUUGCCAGGGAAGAGGAAUUCAAUGUACAUGACCCUGGCUAUUGCAGUUCAAAGACUGGCCCACGUUGUGUGGAUGCGUUCCUUGACCAAGUCCUUGCAAAGAUCAGGUCUCGGCUCCCAACACCCAAUGCUUACUAUGAUUUCCAUGGAGAGCCAUCUCACUGUGGACUGUUUUCACGCAUUGUGAGAGGAGAGGAGCAACACUGGCGUGUCUGGGAAGAUAAUCAACAUGUGGCCUUUCUUACCCCAUUCCCCAAUACACCAGGCUUGACUGUUCUGGUGCCAAGACGACCACUGACUAGUGACAUCUUCUGUCUAGACAAGAGUGACUACACAGCCCUUAUCUUGGCUGCAAAGCAAGUAGCUCAACUUUUACAAGAGGGAAUGGGUGCUAGAGGUGUGGCGCUCAUAUUUGAGGGUUUAGAAAUUAAUCAUGCACAUGUCAAGUUAAUUCCAAUUCUCACAAAGCCAGGUAAAAUGCCUUCUUCUGUGCCUCCUCAGUUCUGUCGAAUCUAUCCUGGAUAUGUCACUUCUGUUGAUGGCCCUCCAGCAAGUGCUGAUGCUUUGAAAGAGAUCCACAGCAAAAUCACAAAGACAACCCCACCUCGCACUUGGGAAACACCUCAAAGCCACUCCAUAUUAGCCAUCAAGAGCCAAUGGUACCGCAAUCUUUUUCAGAUCCAAAACACUCUAUUUCACAGCACAGUUGAAUACUUCAGUAACAAAUGUAAGUACUCAUAUGCUCUGACACCAAUUACAACCGACACCAUUUCGUCACCACUGGGCCUAGGAUCUGACUCUGAGCCUGUUUUUGUCAACAUGCUAGGCCAGGACGUGUACUUGGCCGACUCCAUGCAAUUUGUGCUAGAAUACUUCUUACGAUUUCAAGAAGGGCUUCCAGGGACAUACUAUGUCUCCCCCAGUUUUCGAGGGGAGGACCCUGAUGCUACUCAUCUGAAUCAGUUCUACCAUGUUGAGUGUGAGCUGCUUGGUGACAUGGAUGCUGCUAUUUCCAUAGCAGAAGGUUAUGUGGUCCACCUGACACAGACAAUGCUAAAAAAACACUCAAAGAUCAUUUUAAGUACAGCAGGCACGCUGGCUCAUGCACAGGAUCUCAUGAAAAAGAUGAAGAAACCUCUCCCAAGAGUGACUCUAGAGCAAGCCAUUCCAAUAAUGCCUUCCUCUGACUGUAUUGAAUGGGUUCAAGAGGGACAGCCUCACUUUGGUAGAAAGCUCACUCGAAAAGGAGAAAUGGUCUUGAUCGAAAAGUAUGGUGGUGCUGUUUGGUUGACAGAAAUGGAUCACCUUAGUGUGCCUUUCUACCAAGCUUAUGUUGAAAAUUCAAAUGAAACCAAAGCAAAAGCAGCUGAUUUGAUCUUGGGGUUAGGUGAGACAGUAGGGCUUGGGGAACGACAUUCCACCCCUGAAAUGGUACAAGAAGCUCUACGCCACCAUGCUGUGCCAGAAGAAUCUUACAAAUGGUACAUUAACAUGAGAAAAGUCAUACCUUUGUCUACAAGUGGCUGGGGUAUGGGUACAGAAAGAUACAUGUGUUGGCUGCUACAGCACAAUGAUGUUAGAGACAUGCAGAUCAUCCCCAGAAUGAAAGCCAAGAAAUACCUACCUUAAACAAAAUUUAU